AUGACAAAAAUUUGGGGAGCUUGCCUUUGUCUCAAAUAAAAAAAUGAAUGAUUGAAGAGAAAUAGAUUCUUUCUUUCUACAGGAGGAGGAGGAGAAGCGCCAGCAAGCCAAGCAGGAAGCAGGGCAGCAGCAAAGCAAUCCAACAACAUGAUGGGUCCAGUAAUUAGCAGUAGAGACUGUGGUAGCAGAGCUGCUGCAGUCCCUCUCGUGGUUUCCUCCAAAACCAAAGCUCAAACUCACCCACCAACAUCACUUGUUCUUCCCUUUUCAAAUCCCAAAUCCCAACUCUCUCUUUUCAAUAUUCACCACAAAUUCUACCAUAAUAGAAGAAAUGGGGUGGCUCAAAGCAGCCCCAAAAUGGUUACAUGCUCCGCCUCCGCUGAGAAAAAUAACUCUGCGGCAAAGAAGUUGCGUCUCAUCCUUGACUCUCCUGGGGUUCACCAGGGCCCUGCUUGUUUUGAUGCUUUAAGUGCUCUGCUUGUCCAGCGAGCUGGUUUUGAUUAUUGUUUCACCAGUGGAUUUUCGAUAUCGGCAGCUAAAUUGGGGUUGCCUGAUACUGGAUUUAUUUCCUAUGGAGAAAUGGUGGAUCAAGGCCAACAAAUUACUCAAGCUGUAUCCAUUCCUGUCAUUGGAGAUGCCGAUAAUGGAUAUGGGAAUCCCAUGAAUGUUAAAAGAACUGUCAAGGGUUAUAUUAGAGCUGGCUUCGCCGGGAUCAUCCUUGAAGAUCAGGUGUCUCCAAAAGCUUGUGGCCAUACUCGUGGCAGGAAAGUGGUGUCUCGGGAGGAAGCCAUAAUGCGGAUAAAAGCAGCUGUCGAUGCACGGGAAGAGACUGGAUCAGAUAUUGUUAUUGUUUCACGAACUGAUUCUCGUCAAGCAGUGUCUUUGGAUGAAUCUCUUUGGAGGUCAAGAGCUUUUGCUGAUGCUGGAGCAGAUGUCCUUUUCAUUGAUGCACUAGCUUCAAGAGAAGAGAUGAAGUCUUUCUGUGAAAUCUCUCCCUUAGUUCCAAAAAUGGCCAACAUGCUUGAAGGAGGAGGAAAAACACCAAUAGUCACUCCUUUUGAACUUGAGGAGGUUGGAUAUAAACUUGUGGCCUACCCUCUUUCCUUGAUCGGGGUAUCUAUAAGAGCUAUGCAGGAUUCACUAGCUGCCAUCAAAGGAGGUCGUAUCCCUCCUCCUGGCAGCAUGCCAUCUUUUGAAGAAAUAAAGGAUAUCUUAGGUUUCAACACUUACUAUGAAGAAGAGAAGCAGUAUGCAAUCAGCAGCAGUCAAAUGGCUAGGCAGAGAGCAAGCAGUAAUGUUUAUGGCAUACAACGGAGGACUCCAGAUUAUACAGAGCAAAGAAGUCAGAGUCCUCAAGAUCCUGUUGUUGAAGUGAUCACUCCAGAAGUAUACGGUGGCUAUGGUGCAGAUAAUUCAAGAGGUCCUUUUUCUGGGAUCUGGUCUCGAACAUUGAGAGUCAAAAUAACUGGAAGAGAUGGAUUUGAAAAACUUGAUGUUAGGAUUCCAGCUGGGUUCUUGGAGGGGAUCACAAAUAUAGUUCCAGAGAAGCCCUACGUGCCUCAAGACAAAUACCAAGAAACAGAAUGCAGGUUUGCUAAAGAUGAUUAUAUGUAGGGUUUGGACUGAAACACAGACACUUGAUAAAUUGUAAAGAUUGAGGUACUGCAAAAAGAUCUCAGGGAGGUGGUUGCGAUGCCCCUAUAGUUUAUCAGAAGGGAGACAAAACUGAAAUGAGUAUCCAAUCAUUUGUGAAGCAUGUUGAAACUGCUAAUUAAAGUGAAUUGACAAGCAAUCUGGAAAGGUCAGGGGCGUUUUGAGGUGUUUUGGCCCCAAUAUUUUCAACCUCUAAUUUUUAUUUUUAUUUUUUAAGUUAUAAUAUUGUUCCUCAUUUUGCUGCU